AUGAUUGGGUUUGGUGCAGGUUUCAUGUGUAACACUUGUGUGUGGGAGGUGAGUAGGGAUUUGGGAGAUGGGAAUGUUUGGGCAGAUUGCAUUGAUUCUUACCCUCUUCCUCCACUCAAUGUCAGCCCUUUCAUGGAGAAGUUUAGCUGGAUUAAUGAUGAGGUUCUCACCCAUGUGGAUCUCACUUCUGCAUUCAACAAGGUUUGA